AUGAAACGGGUUCUUCAGCCAUAUGAAAGCCAUAUGCAAUAUGUACCUCAGUGGAUGUGCGAUUACAAUUUGUACGGCUGUUCGUAUAUCGAGUGUCGCAAAGCGACCUUUCGGGGGCCGGUGCCGCUUUAUUCUGAGUUAGAGGAUCCUAACCACCGGUGGCAUGACCGAAGUAUUCCACCUGAGUUGAUAUCCGACGCCGUGGUAUACCCUAAACAGAGCCACUGUAUGCUUGAGGUUGACAUUCAGGUCCAAGAUAUCCUCAACCGUCAUGAAAUCAGGGAGCGCCCUUUGCAUAAUGAUCUUUUCGAAAACUUGCCUUCAGCUCAUCUUGACGAGAAAUUGGUUCCAAGUUUGGCUAGUUUGUGGGAGGACGAAAAGCGGAGGAGAAAGGCUGCAUUGGGCUUGGUGGACCCAGAAAGCAGCCCUUUUACUCCCGCAGAUCUAGUUUCUAUGUCCGCUGAUCCUCGAAAUACUGCCUCUGGUGGCUGGAUUCAUGAAGAAGAGUUCCGAGCUCAAAUAACGAAUCUAAUGAUGGGCGAGAGAGCUAGACAUGGCGAGAAACUGAAAACAACAAAUCCCGCUCAACCAGUUCCAUUCGAAUCGAAUAUACAGUCGGCUUUGGAUAGCGUACAGGAUUUGUUUCCUGAAAACCUUCAUACAGCUCGCUCAGAGACUCUUAAUGUCGAAGCUGAACCUGCGGAAGCCGACGUCGAAGUUGACGAGUUGCGGAUUCUAUCGGCUGGACUUCAGAUGCCAACUAAGCCAGACUGGGAUGGGAAUAACGUUCUCUCGCGAAACUCGCAACCUGACAGCAUCAAAGAACAAGAGUUAGAACACAUUCUGACAGACGGCUCGACGUUUAGGGAAAAUAAUGAUAAUUCUGAAGGUGAAAAUAAUGGGAUUGAUAAUUCAAAACCGAUUUCGUAUGCUGAGCUCGAGAGUAUGGGAAUCCGGCGAUCAUCAGCCAUCAUUAAUUCUAACCAAGACAUCUUCGAAAUAGACGAUGAAUUUAUAAAGCGCCCUCAUCUCAACUUCUUCCCGCCCACCCAACAAGAAGCUCAACAGCAUCGAACUGCCGGAGACCCUUCUUCACAGGCAAAAUCGUCGCAAAAGUCAGACAGAAAUGACUGCAACCAGAGGCUACAGUUCCCUAUAGUCAAAGACCCGAAUGAUCCUCUUACUCUUUCAAGAUUUAGCCAGCAAAGUGGUUCAAUGAAAUUGACUCAGUCCAACGCUGAAAAGCAGGAAUCCGCUUCCCUACAAGAUUCUCACUUGCGUUCGGCAUCAGACAAACCGCUCGAUUUCGGUGCCUCACAAACAUCUCACUUAAAUGAGGCCGAGCUGGGCCAUUAUUUUCACCAAUCCUUCAAUAUACCCUCUUAUGGCAAAACAUAUCUAUUCGCUCCCCCUUGUCCACCGUUAGCUACGGUUCGCGCAACUAUAAAUGAUGACUCAAAGCCCUCCGUCAUCUACCAAAACGCAUAUUAUAGCAAUGAUGACGAUGUGCCAGAACGCUCACGAGAAUACGCUGGGAGAGAAUUCAAACUCGAAAGCAAUACGGUACCGUAUCUUCCUCAAUUUGACCCAACCGGAAAAAUAUCCGAGUCCCUUAGAUCCAAGCCUCCAACCAUUGAUCCAGGUGUUUUCGAAAGGGAUAAUGUUAGGCUCCGAAAAACCUGCUCUAUCCGCUGCUGGGAAUUUGCGCCCUUGCCACCGUCGCGUUUAGAGGUGGUUGAAUGGUGCAAGGAGCAAGAUUCUAAAGAUCUUCAAGCUAGCCCGUUUAUUGCGAAGCAACCCCAGCGUAUUGGACUUUCUCAGAUUGAUGCUGUUACCCAAAAGGAUUCCCAUGGCUUUAAAUAUUCCCAGAAGAAACAUUCCCGAAAUAUACAACACGAGUCCAACUAUAUGAGUGUUAUGAGCCUUGAAAUACAUGUGAACACAAGAGGAACACUUGCACCUAAUCCUGAGGAGGAUGAAGUAUCUUGUAUAUUUUGGUGUAUCCAAUCUGGCGAACGUUCACUUGAUGCCAGUGGAAGCGAAAACGAUAUCCAAACAGGCAUACUUGCCGUCGCAGACCCUGAGAACAUCAGGGGGAAGGUCUGGCAUGAUGCAAAUGCUGAAGUUGAGGAGGAACCCUCAGAACUUGACCUUCUUACCAAACUGGUGGAUUCUGUGCGGUAUCAUGACCCAGAUAUUUUGACAGGAUACGAAGUCCAUAAUGGCUCGUGGGGUUAUCUCAUCGAACGUGCAAGGCUCAAGUAUGAUUAUGAUCUUUGUGAUGAACUAUCCAGAGUGAAAACAGAUUCCCAUGGGCGUUUCGGCAAAGAAUCUGAUCGGUGGGGUUUCAACCACACAUCUACCAUUCGCGUCACGGGUAGACAUAUGAUCAAUAUCUGGAGAGCGAUGAGAGGCGAGCUGAAUCUGCUUCAGUAUACCAUGGAGAACGUUGUAUUUCAUGUGCUUCACCGGAGGAUACCCCAUUACCCUUUUCAUGUGUUAACCAAAUGGUUUAAGAGUACUAAACCUCGAAAUAUAGUAAAAGUUGUCAACUAUCUUAUUGCACGGACAAAGUUAAAUCUUAAAAUCCUCGAUGCGAACGAGCUAAUUUCAAGAACGAGCGAGCAAGCAAGGAUUCUUGGAAUCGACUUCUUUUCCGUAUUCUCUCGAGGAUCCCAGUUCAAAGUUGAAUCUCUGAUGUUCCGCAUUGCCAAACCAGAGAAUUUUAUUUUGAUUUCUCCAAGCAAAGCACAGGUGGGCCAGCAGAAUGCUCUUGAGUGUCUGCCACUCGUGAUGGAGCCUCAAAGCGACUUCUAUACCAGUCCGCUCCUGGUUUUGGAUUUUCAGUCACUCUACCCAAGUAUUAUGAUUGCAUAUAAUUAUUGCUAUUCGACUUUUUUGGGUAGGAUCGUGGAUUGGCGCGGUCGAAACAAAAUGGGCUUUAUUGAUUACCAAAGGCAGCAAGGUUUGCUCGAGCUUCUUCAAGACCAGAUCAACAUUUCUCCGAACGGCAUCAUGUAUACCAAGCCAGAGGUUCGCAAAUCGCUGUUAGCGAAAAUGCUUACGGAGAUUCUUGAGACUCGUGUCAUGGUGAAAGGAGGCAUGAAAGCUAAUAAGGAGGACAGAGCGCUGCAGCGAUUACUCAAUAAUCGACAGCUCGCAUUAAAGUUGAUUGCGAAUGUGACGUAUGGCUAUACUUCUGCGUCCUUUUCGGGGAGGAUGCCCUGUACCGAGAUAGCCGAUAGCAUAGUCCAAACCGCUCGAGAGACGUUGGAGAAGGCUAUUGCACUGAUCCACUCGGUUGAGAGAUGGGGAGCCGAAGUUGUUUAUGGCGAUACAGAUAGUCUCUUCAUCUACCUCAAGGGCCGUACCAGGGAUGAAGCCUUCGAUCUCGGGGAAGAAAUCGCGAAGACGAUUACCGAUCGCAACCCUCGUCCCGUGAAACUCAAAUUCGAGAAAGUAUACCAUCCGUGCGUCCUUUUGGCUAAAAAGAGAUAUGUGGGCUACAAGUACGAAACUCGUGACCAAAAGAAGCCUGAAUUCGAUGCGAAAGGUAUAGAAACGGUCCGCCGGGACGGCACUCCGGCCGAGCAGAAGAUUGAAGAGAAGGCGCUGAGAAUCCUGUUUGAGACCGCUGAUCUCAGUCAAAUCAAGAAGUAUUUCCAGAAGCAAUGCGCGAAAAUCAUGCAGGGCAGAGUGUCCAUCCAGGAUUUCUGUUUCGCAAAGGAGGUAAAGCUAGGUAGCUAUAGCGAAAAGGGUCCGCCACCACCAGGCGCGCUGAUAAGUGCGAAGCGAAUGUUGGAAGACCCAAGACUGGAACCGCAAUAUGGCGAACGGGUUCCGUACGUGGUGAUCUCAGGUGCCCCGGGUGCGCGGCUGAUCGACCGCUGCGUGGCGCCUGAAGUCCUCCUCCAAGACCCACAGAUGGAAUUGGAUGCGGAAUACUAUAUUUCGAAGAAUAUCAUCCCUCCGCUUGAACGAAUCUUCAACCUUGUUGGAGCGAACGUCCGACAGUGGUAUGACGAAAUGCCCAAGUAUCAGCGGAUGCGGCGCACUGACGGAGCCAUGAUCCCGUCCUGCAAAGACGGAACCCUGCUGCGCAAGACGUUGGAAUCAUACAUGAAGUCUUCGUCUUGCGCCGUGUGUCGAGAGAAGCUGGAAAGCGACCAGCCUCUUUGCAACAGCUGUUUACAGCAACCGCAGACUGCGCUCAUGCGUUUGCAGUAUAGGAUUCAACGGGCGGAGAGAAGAGUGACCGAUGUGCAUGAGGUCUGCCGUUCUUGUAUGGGUGUUCCCUGGGGUGAUGAAGUCAAAUGCGAUAGUAAAGACUGCCCAGUGUUCUAUUCGAGAACUAGAACGACCUCGAAUCUUUCAUACACUCGGGCGCUUUUAGACCCCGUGGCCGAAACUCUUGAGGGUUCUAGCGAGCAGGGCCCGUGGACAUGGUAA